AUAGAGUCAAACAGAACUUGAACACUAUUUCACUAUUAGUUUUGUUAUUUACAAUCUGUUGAUGAGUGUUUAAGUUUAAACAAUAAAGUUAUUUGGCGACCAUACUGUACAAAUAAACACAGUUUGACUUAAACGUAAAGAUUGAUAAUAACUAUCUAGAUAUUGAUUUGAAACACAAUCAAUACUGAAAUUGAUUUGUUAGAAUGAAAAUAGGAUACCCAAAAGGUGAUAACUAUAAGUUGGUUUUGGCAUCGCUUCAGCCGUGCCAAAGGGCCUUUAUAGAGUGUUUAACGACGUGUUCUGACGAUGAUCUGUUGAUACACCUAAGGGCUUUCACACAAUGGGUCUGGGAAAAGAGCGAUGUAAUUUGCUGGGCGUCGGUUUUGAAUAGGUUCGACGACAUAUUCUCCCAUUAUAUAAAUCUUUCCCGGGGUUAUAUAAAAGGAGAGUGUGAAAUUGACCCACAAAGCUACUUUAAGGAGGUUGAACUGGUCAAAAGUGCGCUGAGGACGUCGAUCAUGAUUGUGGAAAAUUGUGGUUCUAAAAGCACGUAUAAUUCUGUUGACUUGCUCGUCCACCUCCUUGACGAUUUGAACCUGGAAAUUGUAUAUUUAUCAACCAGAAUGCUCUGUGUGUGUUUCAGCAUAAGGAACUUGAGAAACUCAGUUUUGAAGGAGAUACCCCUAGUUUCACAGCGAUUGUCAACGUUUGUCACAAGCCCACUCCCUGACAGAGAUUUGAAGGUGUUAUCGAGUAACCCCACGAAUUUGACGAGGAAGUUUAACCAGGGCCCAGACUCAGAGUUCUCAGUGUCCUGCCCACUGGUUCUGGAGUAUUACAUAAAAUGCUACCAAUACUGGGUAUCCAGGGACUCCACAAUCAAGCUAGAAAUGUCCAAUAAGGCCCACGAAAACGCCAACGAGUACCUUGAAAUACCAAUACACGAAAUUUUAAACCCUGAGUCUCUAUCGCAGAACGAAAGUAACGAAAAGUUUGUAAAUUAUACCUCUAACGAAAAGUUCGUUAGCCUUGUAAAUAGUUUUGUCUCCUCAAUUGACGAGAACCAACUUUACCUCCACAUUUUAAAGACCUUCAAGUACCUCGUGUCGAAGUAUACAAUCGAUGAAAACAAUUAUAAUGCACUUCGAUAUAAACUCCUAAAGACAUUUUCUCUGUAUUUUGUACAAUUACAAAGACUUCUAGUUAAUACCCGCUUUUCCUCUCUUAUUUGUAUGUUGUUUAUAAACACAGCGUUUUACACUCAAUUUCUAACUCAAAACCCAUGCUUUUUACUCGAGUUAUCUUGGUUCAUCAAAUGCCACGAGUAUAUCGACUAUUCCACAAUGAUCGUGGCAACUGAGUUGUUGUCGGCAAUGAUAUAUGACGGGAUCCAAUAUAAGACUUUGUCAAAUUUGCUAGGCUUUGGAGUCCCGCAAGGAAUAUACAUAAAGGUUCUGAAGAGUUAUUUACACCACGAACACGAAUCACAGCCUCUGCCGCCAAUAUUGAAGAUGAAGUCGCCAGGGUCGUCAGAGGCAAGUACGGCACCAUGUAAGGAUUUUGACUACAGAACGAAGGAUGAAAAGGAGAUUUGUAUGUUACAGCCGACGGGCUAUGUAUGCGAGAAUUUAGAGGGAGACGUAGACUGGAAAUUUUUAGUACAGAACCCUGAAACGAGAGAACAGAUUUUGCACGAUGAGGAGCGAAUGCGGGUUUUGCUUCAGCUCCUAGUAGUUUACUACUCAAUCAUUAACUAUCACGGGAACUGUAGCGCUUUAACGAGCUUGAGCGUGCUUGAAAUGUUGGUGAGAUUUACGAGGUGUAGGAAUCCAAUAUACACCCCAGUGAUAAUAUACGUGGUACAAGUGCUUGAGGCUCUUUUGGAUUAUAACCAGACUGUUUCAAGACUACUCAGAACAGAACUACACUUAUACCACGUUUACAUUUCGAGAAUACAAUUUGACAUGUGUAAAGUGGAGAACUCAUUACACUUUGGAAGUGACUUGUGCAACAAGAACAGUUGGCCAAAUGGGUGGAUUUUGCCAAGAACAAAUGAUGAACUGGUGCUCAGAGUGUACUGGUUAUCCUUUAGCGAGUUUAGUGCCCGGAAGUUUCUGUUCAAGAGCAUAAUCAAGGACAUAUAUUUGGUAACGAGGCCUUAUUCUGGAAGAGCUGAGAUAAACGACUACGAUGUAUUUGCACCAACGAGCCCAAUGGUGCCGAUAUUUCUGGCAAUACUUAAGGAUCCACUGAGCUAUGGUCAUGGGGUUUACAGCACAGUGAUAAGUCUAGUUUUGGACACUAUCAGAGAUGAUCCAGUAUCUCAGGAGGAAAUGCACAACCUGGGAAUUAUACCAGGGCUUCUGAAUUCGAUAAACGAAGAGACUUUGAAGUCUGAGGAUAGUUUGAACCUGGUUCCAACAGCAAUUUCAGACUUGUUUCUACACAGGACAGCACAGGAUUAUUAUAAGAGUAUGAAGUAUUCGUUUGUUCUUAGAUUGAUAGAUGUCGUGGUGAAGCGCGACUUUGUGCUAUUUCACAUGUUUGGAGAAGUGUCAGCAUCUAUUGGGCUUUCACUAUGCACAGUGAUAAAACACCACGAAACAGCACACUCACUCUUCAUGAAGAGGUUGAUUAAGGUUAUCUAUGACCUUUUGCUAGAAGCGCUCACAUUUCCAGAGUUUAAGCCCGUUUCAACACAGGUUAGUCAGAGUGAAACUGAGGAAUACUUGAAUCAGUUUAAGACAAAUUCCCCUCCAAUGGCAUUGGAAACACUAUCACUGCUUGAUGAGGUAAAAUCAAGUGACUUUUAUGCAGACAGGAUAGCAAAUUUGGGCAAAUGCCUGUCAACGUUCCUAUCCCUGAAACAAAGCGUGUCGCAGUUCAUCUCCUGUGACGGAAUUAAGUUGUUAAUGCAGUUGUGUACAGUACCCUGUUUACCGCCAAUGUUCCCACAAAUUUACCCCCAACACCCAUUAGUACUAAUUAUCAAAUAUCUCACAACCCAAGCAGCGAUCCCAUCAAUAAUACACUUUCACACAAUAUCACAACAUUAUCUCAAUAUAAGUGACUCCCAUGACACCUUUAUUAAUUCCACCGCUAGUAAUAGUGUUAAUCACACUAACAGUGUAAAUCAUGUUAAUAAUGUUAAUAAUGUUGAGAAUGUUGACAGAGUUAAUAAUUUAACCAAAAUUGACAAUUUCAACACUAUUAGUAGUGUGGAUAGUGGAUUAGGUGAGGAUUGGAAGAGGCUGUAUAUGACUUAUCACUUUUUGUAUUUGAUCCACAAGGACAACUUCAGUUUGUACCACACGGGAUGCUCAGGAUCAUAUCAGUUGAGUGUGGACUUUGAGAAUUUGUCGACGUGUGAGUUACACAACACAGUGACAAUGUGUUUGAACACUCUGAUCAAUGAGUACCCGAGACUUUUAUUCAAGUUAUCGAGUAAGAUUGGGGAUGACAACUGUUUGAUGGGAUCAAGUAGUUACCUGGGCCAUGAACACCCUCAACUUAGAGCAUAUAAGCAGUUUACAGCAGAUAAGAAGAAUGAACAAAACGAUGUCAUUUUCUCAGCAAAUGACUUGUUCUGGUCAACCCAGUGUUCCUACGCAUACUCGACAGAUCUCACGAGUGAAAAUGGUGUUAAUUCUAAAAUGCAGUUGUUAAAUUCUGAAGAGUUGUUUGGAUUGGAGUUUUGUAGAUCGAUGGUAGUGAUGUCGAAGUCCCUGUUGCUGUCGUUGAACGUAUCAAUUAACGAGGCGGUGGGGAUGACAAGUAGCGGAAACGAGUGCCUGAAGACGUAUAUUUGUAAACACUCAUUCCAAGUAGUGUCUCUGUUCUUCAGCUUGCUACAUAACUUGGAUAACAUUACCACAUCAAAUGGUUCUGGUGGGAAUUUGGAGUAUUUCAGGAAUAUUAGGUACAUUUCAGACGUGCUGGAGUUGGUGUAUAAGUUGCUGAUAGAUGAUAGAACAAGCGGGUUAUACCUUUUGACGACAUGUUUGUUCUCAAGUAGAGGAGGAAUGACGCUUGUUUGCACCUGUUUUGAUUAUGUGUUCACACUAUUUAUGGGAAUAGUGUUUGCAAUGGCGUUGAAGCUGAAUAAGGAUUUGACGAUGAAGGAGUUGGUGGGGACGAAGAUUGACUUGGGGUCAUUUCCAAGAAUUAAGGCUCUAUUGUCAGAUUUUACAAAUUUAGAGUUUUCAGUAUUGAGGAAUUUGUACAACCCAACCCUUAAAUGCCUCCAAAUAUGCCUGUCACUCUUCUCCAAGUGCACUAACCCAAGAACUGUCCUUAAUACUAACAUAGAUUCGAAUAUAGCUAACCUGCUGACUAAGUACCACAAAUCGUAUUUCACCUUCUCAGUAACGGAAAACCAGAAUUUAGAUGAAAAGAGUAAUAUUGGAACAUUGGUUAAUGGGAUGAUACUGACAUGUGUGAAGUCGUGUUGGAGUUGGUUUGCAUUUUUAGUACACAUGGAGCCAUGCACGCCAUCGUCAAGCACCUCAAAUCCAUUCUUUUACAUACCGACAAAGAUUGUAACCUUGUUGUUGAAGGUGCACAUUUAUUACCUGGAUUACCUAUCACCGUCGAGGCAGCAGGCGUUGAAUUUACAUUUCGCAAACUCAGUAACCUCUUCGAAAACAAAUAAAGUUAGCGACGCUGUAUCCUCAGGAUUGAAUGUGUCGAGGAGAUCAAGAGUGAGGUCAAGAAUGGUAGUGUCAACAACCGACGAUAGCUUUGAUGUGUAUGAAGACCGUGACCAGCAGGACAUUGAGUCAGUGAGGUCAUAUUUGUCAGAGAUGGGGUUCAACGAGAGGGAUAUUAACAACGCAAUUUCAUACUGUGGAACAUCAGAUAUUGCAACCCUGACAGACUGGCUAGUUAGUGUAGGAGAAUUAACGCCUGAGAACCUGGAACUAACAAACUAUUCCCAAAUACCAGAAGACGACCACAUUAACCAGAAAAUACUACAGCACCUAAACUCAUCAUACCUAUUACACCUUAACAAUGUUGAUUUGGACACUAAUAUGGAUGCUAAUAAUGACAUGAAUAUGAAUAAUGGCGCUGAUAACUUAAACUCAAGUUUACACCCUGGUGAUAACGCACAAUUGAAUGAUUUGCAGUUGAACAGUGAGCAGCUGAAUAGGUAUGAAGAUGUGGAUUAUGUUAAGUUAAUGAAUGAUGUGUUUACGGAAUUGAAGACUCAGAUAAUACCAUAUAUACUGAAGUUGGCACACCUAAUGCCGACGUUUUUGCAAACGGCAUAUGACUCGAUAUUUAAGUUACACUCCUUCAAGAUCAGGUUUAUGUUGUGCGUUGAUAGUUUCGAGGGCGACGACGUGCUGAAGAUGUUCCCCAAUUUCGACAGAAACUACGAAACUGACUUUAAUGUGCUGAAUUUGAUGAAUUUCCUCAUGUCCAAGGUCAUAAGACUGCAUAAAAUCCUACAGUCAAGGUCACUAAAUGUGAAGAAUGAGCAUUUGUUGUCACUUUUCAGCCCGUUAAUCUUCAUCUAUGACAAUGAAAAGCAACUGGCUUUAGACCAACUAUUUGAUAAGGAGACAACGAAUUGUACAAACAGUAGUGAAAAACUGGACACAAGUGACCAGCAGGAUGAUAUGUUGUAUAACUAUGUGCUUGCAAUAGAACAUGAGCACUUGUUGUGCUACUUCUAUUUAUUAUCACAUUUGAUGGCUGGGAAGGAGAAUCUGGUGCAUUUUACUACGAAGCUGAGAGAUUUUAACACGGGCAGACCAAUAAAUGUGCUGAACCAGGUGUUGGAGGUGGUGGACUUUUUUGUUAAUUUAAGGUCCCAGUGCUUUUCAAAGGCCAUUUUGAAUGUUUCAUCUUUGGGAUUGAAGAGGAAAUUUGGAUUGUCAAUUCCAGUACCAGAGUGGUGUUUGUUGGGAGAGUCAGAGUCGUGGUUUAUGAAGAGAGAGUCAACUGAGAAAUUUGAGUUCAACUCUUUAAAGUACGGUUUGUAUGCAACAAAGUGUAUUCCACAGAUAUCAUCACCGCCGCCGUUUUUCAAGUAUGCACUCAUUUGUAUACAUGAAAUUGUCAAGACAAGGAUUAUUGAAGGAUUUACACCCCAUGAUCAUAUAUACAACGCACCUUCUUCAGCUUCAUUUGAAUCCAGUAGCUCUCAACAUAAUCAGAAAGGAAGUCCAGGGAGGAAUUUGUUUAACACAAGCCCAAGUUUUUCAUUUGAUUCUGGCAUUUCACAGUCAGAUAAGGCUUUACAAAGUAGUCAGCAGAGUAGUUCAGAACUCAGUAAACAUAGUCAGAGAUUAACACACAGAGAUUCAAGCAAGGAUAGCCUGGGUAGAGAUAAAGAGAGUCCGAAUAAGUUCUAUAAGGAGACAUUGAAGGUUUACAAGGAGUAUGAGAUACCGGAAAUGGUUCAAGAGAAGCUGUUGUACAGCUGUAUGAAGAUCUUGGAGAUGUUCCCAGGUUCAGAUGGAGAUGUUACCUUUUCACUCCUGUCAAUCCUGAAUACAAUUACUGAUUCUUACAGAAACGCGGAGAAGCUCGUCAGAUUUAGGGCCACAGUCAACAAGUCAAGUAUGGAUUUCCUUAAAAUUCUGUUAACGAUUCCAAGGUCAGGCCUGUGUCCGGGGUUACUAAGAAUGAUUUCAAACAUAAUUCUACACACCAUGGAAGAUUACGCAACACUUAAAAUGGCCCUCAGAAAUAAAAUCAUACAAAUUCUCACCCCAGGCCCGUUGAGCUUUGAUCGCUUCGUUGAUGAGUUGAAUGCAUACUACAGAAAGUGCCCGUCGUUGAUGAUACAACUGAUUGAUUCCCUGUGCGUUAUCACAGUGGACGAAGCGCUGUAUCCAAACGGUAGUUUUAAUCUUCCAAAAUUAACAGAAGAUACAGCAAGUAGUUCUAAUUUGCCAAGAUUUAAUGCAACCAAUGAUAAUGGACCCGGUGGAAGUUUUUCAAGUUCAAACACGAUUAGUGAAAAGGAAGAAAUGGAGAACACGUUGAUUAACUCUGAAAAUAAAGUAUAUAAGGUAAAGGACCUGUUUAUUACCUUGAAGAACCACCAUUUGCUUAAGGAUUUAGUAUCAUAUGAAGAGUCUGAUUUCUCAGUGUGUGAUAGUUCAGAUUAUAAGCUGGAUUUGAGGAAGUUGUUCCAAAUAUUAAGAACAAUUGUUGAGUUUCUGCAUAUUUCAUCAAAUUUACAAGCAUUGACACAUUCAGGAGGUGAUUCAACACUAAAACAUUCAGAUUCUUUUGGUAACACAGUGAAUAAUACAGUGAGUGGUACAGUGACCCGUUCAGUGAGUAACACAUUAAAUAGUACAGUAACUAACAAUAGUGUGGAUAAAACGGCGAAUAAGAUGUAUUACCCAUACUCGCUGGAUUUGAACAGCUAUUUCUUUCUGUUUAACCUGAUUAACCAUAACUUCCCACUACCGCUGAUGUACCCAGAGUUGACACCGACAUUGCCAGGUGAGAUUCACCUGAAGAGCUUCCCAUAUAAGCUGGAUAAGCUUGACAAGUUUAAUGUUAGGUCGCUGUUGAUAUAUGUGACGAGGUGUGUGUUUGCAAUGAUAUGCGGACUGGUGGUGCCGAGCAAUUUGUCAGUUGAGGUCUCAGACCCGGAUUUUGAAAGAGUACAGAAGAUGAUUUCAGACUCUUUGGAUAACUAUUCUACGGCCCUGAUGUUGUUUUCGUCAAAGAACGUUGAGACCUGCACAUGCGUGGUGGAGGAGAUUGCACACGUGUUGCACUACAUCUCAGGACUGAAUUCUAGUGAUGCAGGGCCGUACUUUGUGCCGAUAGCAGUUUACACGCUUUGCAACCUGCUGAAUAACUUGCUGCUGCUGAGGUUUAGGAAGUUUUUUGACAUCUCAGAAGUGAUAUCGAAGCUGAAGAGAGUACUAUGUCAAAUUAUAGGAAGACUCGAGUUAUCAAGGAAUGAGACGAGGAUAGUGUGUUUAUCCAUAACAAGAGUUUUGGUGAUUUUGACAACUUCAGGAACAGCGUCAUUUGGCCACGCAGUGAAUUCAGACAGAAUUAAUGCAUAUGGAGAAAUAAACGGAGCGAGAGAUUUAAGUGAAGGUGAGGAGGACGAAACGGCACUAGUGGUGGAACUGGAAGACACUGACGAAGAUAAUAUGGACAUGGACUCGCAUGAGACAGAUACUGAGGAAACUGACGAGAUGGAAGAGAGUGACGAAAUAGAGGAGAGUGAUUCGGGAACAAAUUCGGGAGAUAUGUUAAUAGAUGUGGAUAGUAGUGGGGAGGAAAGUGGUGGGUCAUCAGACAGUGAGAACCCAAUGGAUGAUGUCGAGGUUUCAGACGACGAAGCAAAUGAAGAAGUAGCACUACCACAUGAAGUUGAAGAGGAUUACGCGUCAAAUCAGUAUUCAGAGACUGUGACGACUUCAAGUAUUGAGGAUUUGGAGGAGGAAGAGGAAGAUGAUGGGCCUAGAAUCAGAGUGGCAGGUGAGAUAGAUGAAACUUCAAGAAAUGAAAAUAGUCAAACUAUCGAUACGACAACUAACAUAUCGAUACCAGAAGAUAAUGAGUCCGACUCAAGUCUAGAUGAAUUCCCUGCUGAUUUCGAUCUAACAACAGAUAAUCCAAAUCCCACGGAUACCGCUGUUGCUAAUGCCAAUAACAUUAGCAAUAAUAAUAUUAGAAUUAGUGAUAUAGCAGGAGUUCAGAGUGGAUUAGAUGGACAUUCAAUACAGAUUGAAAUACAGCUAGGAAAUAAUCAAAAUUUAAGUAUAAUAGAUCCUUCAGGCUCCUUUUUUGGACUAACUCAGCAAGUUCAAGGCACUGCUGGUAAUUUCAAUAAUCCAGCUUCAGACGGUUCAUCAACUGAUAGAGUGUUUUCAUUCAAUACUUUUGGAAAUAUUAAUCUAAACAGUAAUAACCAGAGGGAUAGUAAUAGUUACAGAGUAGAUUUGGGAAAUCAGAGAAAUCAAGGAGUUGACCAGAGAGUUGAUCAGAAUACCAGAGGUGAUACGUGGUCAACUGCUGGUGAUUUAGACUUGGUAUUGAAAAAUCCAGUCUUGCCCCCGUUUAAGAAAUCAUUUAACUCCGAAUCAUAUGACCCAAUAUAUCCACUGUAUUUGCUUAUACUGAAGAAACUCAAAAUUGUUAAAGUUAACUCUAAUCAACCUAUUGAACAACACGACACUGCAAUUGAUACAGAAAUUGAUGAACAACUUGUGGAUCAGGAUGUAGAGGUUGAUGGGCAACUGCUGCAACAAGCCUCAGAAAUCAACCAGGAACGUAUGGAUCAGGAUGUAGAAAUUGAUGGAAACCAGGACACAGAGGUUACUCAACAACAAGAUGGGCAAAAUAUUGAACGAGAAAUAGAUUCUGAAGGAAGAUAUUAUAAUAGAGGGUUAGAAGUAAUAGCACACGCGUUGGGAAUAACAUAUGGUGACUUGUUUACAUUGGCGAAUAUGGACCCAGGAGUGAUUGCAGAAUUACCAGAAGAUAUGAGAGAAGAGAUCAUAUUACAUCAGCUUAACACAAUUAACGUAGACGCAGUAGCAUCCGUGAGACAGUCAAGAUCGUCAUCUUCAUCUGAUAGACCUACAAUACCACCACAAGUCGAUGGAGAGAAUAUGAGAGUGGAAAUGCAGUACCUGGAAUCAUUGCCUAGAAGUUUAAGAUUAGAUGUAACGAGAGCACUGUAUGGAGAGAACUCCAGUGCAGCAAACGAGAUUAACGCAUCACUUGAUCUGGAAGGAGACCACUCAAGUUUAUUGGCAGCAUUGGGACCAUUUAUCAGGUCAGAAGGACUUAACUCAGUAAAUGACCUAUUGAAUAAUCUGGCAACAUCGUUAAGUCAGACCACAGAUGAUAACUUACAUCCAGUACUCUUUGAAGCUGUAAGAUCAAGACUCCAAAUACUACCCAAUACUAAUUCAAACAACACUAACACUGGAAAUAACUCUCAAAACACCGCUAAUGCCAAUUCCAGUAAUAGAUUCACCACUUCCAGUAUUAAUAUCAAUAACACUAUACCCAACUUCGAAUCCAGCUUUUUUGGAGGUAAUGGGUUCAUAGUUCCACUUAAUGACGAGGGAGGGAUAGGUGAACCACCAAUACCAAUAUUUAGAGACCUAAGUAGGCGGAAUGCUAGAAAUCAGAGGGAUAGAAAUUUUGUUGAAGGCGAGGUUGGAAGGACAGGACUAACUCUGGGAUUUGUGAUAGGAGAAGUAUCAAGACAAAACAAUGGUAACCGUGGCAGACUUAACCGCUCAUCAAUGGGUGCACUUAAUAGGAAUACAAUAAGUUUCAUAAGUAGAAACCCGAUGAACACGGUUAAUAGGUCAGGUUUAAAUGGGAUUAAUAGAAAUACAAUAAACUCAAUUAGUAGGGCAGCACUAAAUUCCAUUAACAGAAAUGCCCUGAAUGCGGUUAACAGGUCAGGUUUAAAUCCAGUUAGUAGAUCAACGAUAAACCCAAUAAACAGAGGAGGAGUUAAUGGGAUGAUCAGAGGUGGUAGGUUGGAAUUAACAGACGAGAUGUUUUUGAUGCCUGGAAGAGGGAUUAGAAUGUCAAGAUUGAAUGAACCUUUGAACCAGAUAUCAAUAACAGGCUCUGAAGGCUUAGGUUUAGGUUUAGACUCGGUUGAUGACAGGAACAGCUUAGACACAAGAUUACUGCAGACAAUCCCCCAGAUUCUCAACUCAAUUGAUCCAAACAUGUUUGAAUUAUUCCCACAAAGAGUUAACCAGACUGAAAACAACGACGUUUUACUAAAUGAAAACUGUGAUUCAAUUCUGGAAAACAUCAUUAAACUCAUCCCCAAGUCCAUAUGCUCCUCAUCACAAACUAAAAAUAUUAAUACUCAAGUGGGUGGUCCAACCCACAGUGCUAAUAACAGUGCUGUAAACAAUAAUGUUAGUGUCAAUGUUCCAACAAGUACUAACCCUCCAAACGCUACUACCACAAAUAAUGUGCAAAUGGAUAACGCAAACUUAGAUCAGGUUGAGAAGAGUAUUGGUACGAUGGGGUGUGGAGGUGAUAUGGAUACAUUGAGUUUAGUGAGUAUUUGUAAAAUGUUCUUCUUGCCGGUGGAGAUGAAUAAGAGGAUUUUCUUCAAGUUGUUGUAUAAUGUGUCAUCUGGACCGUCACAAGGCGAUUUGAUGAGGAUGCUGCUGUAUAUCUUGAGGGAGGCGAUUUUAGGAGUGGACGCUGAAUAUGACUGUCCAGACGUGGAUGAAACGUUUUUCAAAAACAUGCCGAAAUCACACUUUUCACACCUAUCAGACUUGGUUAACCGGACCAAAGUAACAUUAGAACCGAGUUACUCAAAUAGCAUAAUGGCAGUUUUUGAAUCAAAGGCCACAGUUGACUAUUAUAACUUCAGUUAUAUAUGUUCAGAACGAGUUUUGGAACAACUCAGGAGUAUUCUAAUAGCGUUACCGACAACGAUAACCUCACUUUCAAGACCGAUUUCCCAUUCAGAGGAGUCAUCAGUACAUGACCUCAAGAGGAAGAAAAAGAGGUUUAACCCGCUAUUAAGUGAUUCAUCAGAUAGUGCUGAAGGGACAUCAGUGGCAGUUUGUAACCCAAUUGAUUUAUUGUUUUACGCUACGGCUACGAAUUUGUUCCAAUCGAGUGUAAAGCACAUGAACCAUUUGCUGAUGGUGAUACACAACUUGUUAGUGUUCAGAGCAGGAGCAAACAUGAGUGACCUCGAUAGCGAGAUAUUGUCAAAUUUAGUUAAUACUCCAAGAGUCAGUGAAGACGUACAUUCAGACAUUGUAAACUCGCUAAGUGAAGAGGCAUUGGGUUCAUUUUUGAGAAUUUACACCUCAUUCACGUGCCAGAGCACCUGGUUACAGAUGUGUAACACCAAGGACGCAAACGCACAGUCACAGUUGGAAGUCAUAUCACAGAUCAUAUCAGUACUCUUGAAAAGUAAGCAUAAGCAGUUUGUGAUUGGAGUUUUAUCCGAAAAGUUUCAACUGGUCUCAUCACUGCUGUCUGAGAGGCUAUCAAAUCUGACAGACUCAAUAGUGUUUGAUUACCAAAUUGAGCCCCUAAUACACACACUGUUAAGGAUAACACAGUUGCUAAACACUGUUAAUAUUAAUUUCAUUAAUGACAGUGAUUUUACCACUAAUCUUACUGCUGAAGUUGGUCCCGAACAUACUCCUGAAGUUAGUGUUAAUGAGGCACUUGGUGGUGAUGUCGGUCCCAAUGGUGCUAUUGACGGUGAACUUAGAGCUAAUAGUGCUGUUGAAGGUGAUGACAUUAUAAAACAAAACGAUAUUGUGGUUUGUGAAUUCUUCAGAGAAAUGAAUUCUGGAAUCCUGGAAAUUUUGUGGAAUAGGCUAGACCAGUGUUUGAUAUACUUGACGGAUGAGAGUUUGGUGAAGAACUUUAUGGGCGACUUUUACAAGGAGACACAUAUUGAGAAUCAGCACUACUUCGACGUGCUGAGAAGUCUAAUUCCCUUGAUUGAGGUCUUUUUCAUCAUCUCCCAGCUGUUCAUAGCGCAUGAUUACGGAGUUACUGACAUGAAAUUUGACAAAAUCUUGGCAAACCUCAAUUAUGAGCAUUUUUACAAUUUUCAUAAUCUGCGUUCCAACUCAUCAAACACACCGAACAAGAAAUCAGCAAAUGAAAUCAGCGAGUCUAAUAUAGGUAAAAUGAGUUUAUCGGAUAUUGGGAAGAUGACACAGUCAGGAGAACUGGGGAAAUUAAUUCAGUCAGGAGAAAUGGGGAAACUGAGUAACCUGGGUGACGACGAAGAUAUGAUCGAGAUAAGUGAGAAUCAUUUAUUGAUGAUGAAUUUUGUCGAGAAGCACAAACGACUGUUGAAUUUGUUCAUAAAACAAACUCCGUCGCUGCUGAAUGGCACGUUUAUGCCAAUGAUAAGGCUGGCACCGAUGUGUUUGAGUUUUGACAUUAAGCGCCAGUACUUCAGGCAGAAGCUGAAAGAGGGCAGAGUGGGUCUUAGAAUAGACCCGAUAAAGAUCAACGUUAGAAGACAGCACGUGUUUCUGGAUAGUUACCACCAGCUGAGGCUGAAAACAAGUGACGAGAUGAAGGGCAAGUUGAGUGUUUCAUUUGGAGGGGAAGAAGGUGUUGAUGCUGGUGGACUUACUAGGGAGUGGUACACAAUUUUAUCAAAAGAGUUCUUUAACCCGAAUUAUGCACUAUUUACUCGCGAAGGAAGGAAACAGGAGUUUAAUCAUCCAAACCCACUUUCGGCAAUUAACCCAGACCACCUGAACUACUUCAAGUUUAUUGGCAGAGUUAUUGGGAAGGCUUUGUAUGACGGACACCACAUGGAGGCGUACUUUUGCAGGUCAUUUUACAAGCAUAUGCUUGGUUCAAGGAUAACUCCGUGUGAUGCUGAGUCUGUCGAUCCCCAGUUCUACAACAAUCUAAUUAGCAUUAGGAACUGCAGUUUAGAGCAAUUAGGUCUUGAACUGUAUUUUAGUACUGAAAUUGACGAGUUUGGCAAGGUCAAGAUCAUAGAUCUGGUACCAAACGGCAGAAAUAUUCUAGUUACUGACGAAAACAAGCACAAGUACAUCCAGCUGCUAUGCAGACACAAAGUAACAAAUGGCAUUAAGGAACAACUCGACGCUUUCAUGCAGGGCUUCAGGGAACUCAUUGCGCCUGAGCUUAUUAGCAUUUUCGAUGACCGGGAACUCGAACUGCUAAUCUCAGGCAUUCCGAUCAUUGACCUUGAGAACAUGAAGCAGAACGUUGAGUACAUCAACUACACUGAGGAUAGCCUACAGAUCAUUUGGCUUUGGGAAAUCCUUUCCGAGUUUGACCAGAGUCAUCUUGCUGCGUUUUUGCAGUUUGUCACUGGCACCAGUAGGGUCCCCAUUGGCGGUUUCAAGAACCUUAUGGGCAUGAGGGGUCCUCAGAAAAUCUCAAUUCACAAGACUUUUGGACAGAAUAGGCUUCCCACUGCCCACACCUGUUUCAAUCAGCUAGAUUUGCCUUGCUACCCUGAAAAGGACAUGCUCAAGUCUAAGCUCCUCCAAGCCAUUUUAGAGGGCAAGGAGGGGUUUGGAUUUAUGUAAUCUAAUAUUCUAUUCUAUA